UUCUAUUUACACCAUUUCUCACUUCAUCAUCAUCAUCUAAUUCUCUUUUUCUUUCUUUCUUUCUUGUUAUUCUAGUUUCCAAACACACCCCAAUUGAAAAUGGAUGAUCAUGAUCAUAAUCAAUAUCCCAAAAUGGAAACUUUCUUACCAAAAGGAUUAAUGCCCUCUUAUUUUCAAGGCAUAUCCUCAAAUGGGUCAAAUUUUUUCAAAGAUCCAAACUUGUUAAGUUCUUUAACACCAACUUAUUAUCUUGAUCAUGAAGAUCAUGAUAAUGAUGAAAAAAAUGUUAUGGUAUCUACUUAUAAUAACACUUAUGCUACUACUUAUCAUAACACUUCUUCUUCUUCUUCUUCUUCUCUUCCUUUUGUUCCUCUAAAUCUCUCUGAUCAUCACAAUCAACAACAAUCAAAAGGGUUCAAUGGUUAUAAUUGGCUUAGCCCAACAAAGACUCAACCAAUGAAAAACACUGGAUUAUCAUCAUCGCUACAAAGUCAAAGUCAAAGUCAAAAUCAAAGACAGAAGUCAACAUUUUCAUCGGUUAAGUUAUUUAGAGGUGUGAGGCAGAGACAUUGGGGAAAAUGGGUAGCUGAGAUUAGAUUACCAAGAAACAGAACAAGGGUAUGGCUUGGAACAUUCGAGACGGCGGAUGAAGCCGCCAUGGCUUAUGACACUGCAGCUUACAUGUUGAGAGGGGAUUUUGCUCAUUUGAAUUUUCCUCACAUGAAAAAUCAACUCAAGGCUAAUUCUCUUAAUGGAGCAAUUGUUGCUCUUCUUGAAGCUAAACUUCAAGCCAUUUCAAAUGCUAGUGUUAUUUCUAAUAAUACCAAUAAUGAAUUAUCAUCAUCAUCAUCACCAAAGAAGAUUAAGAAGAAUGUGUCAUUGAAAAGUUCAAAAGAUUAUUAUGAUCAUGAUCAUAAGGAAGUGAUUAUGGAUUCUUCUUCUUCUUCUAAUAAUAAUAAUAAUAAUCAUAAUGAAUUAGUCAUUGGUGAUGUUGAAGCUGUUCAACUAAGUAGAAUGCCUUCUUUGGAUAUGGAUAUUAUUUGGGAUGCUCUUUUGGUUUCUGAUUAAUUAACUAAUUAAUCAUCAUAAUAUUAUGUUUUUGAUCAUUUUUUUUUAUUUAUUUAUAAAAGAUUAUUGUUAUUAUUAUUAUUAUUAUUAUUAAUUACUAUGUGGAAUGCAUCAUUUCAACACAGCUAUUCUACACUAUGCGAAAUUCAUAUUUUAGAAAUAAAAGGGGAAAAAAAAUACAUACUUUUUUU